CGCAGUAUAGGGGGUAAAAGUGGUGAUUGGCAAGGAACCAGGAGCGCCGAAGCAUCGAAAAAAUCAUCGAAUCUGGGGUUCAGUCAAACCGCCUCCGCUUGGGCCAGAGCAUUAGGGUUUCGAUUUAGCCGAAACCGACCCCUUGGAACUCUCCCUCUCUCUUCCCGGCGGCGCCAUCUCUUCUCUUCUCAGUUGGGGCUUCUGAACAAUCCAGCCUCUGGCAGCAAACAGAAAAUAUAAAACUUCCAUUUUGAGGCGUAAUGAGGUUGGAGAAAUGCUGGUUCUGUUCCUCGACGAUAUAUCCGGGUCAUGGUAUUCAGUUUGUCAGAAAUGACGCAAAGAUCUUCCGAUUUUGUAGGUCAAAAUGCCACAAGAAUUUUAAGAUGAAGAGAAACCCUCGCAAAGUUAAAUGGACCAAGGCUUACAGAAGAUUGCACGGGAAGGAUAUGACUCAGGAUUCAACAUUUGAAUUUGAACGGAAGAGAAAUAGGCCAGAAAGAUAUGACAGGAACCUAGCAGAGAAUACAUUGAAGGCCAUAAAGAAAAUUGAUAAAGUCAGAGUUGACAGGGAGGCUAGACACCAUGCAAUGAGGAUGAAAGGAAAGAAAGCUAUGGAACGGAAAGAGGCAGCUAAGGAGUUGGAGCAGAGCAUCCACAUGGUCAAAGCUCCUGCUGCUCUUCAACAAGAGGCAUCUCUCACAUUGCCAAAGAUCAAGGUGAAGGUUUCCCAAGAGCAGUCGCAAGAAAAUCGUAUGGAAGAGUAGAAGUUUUGGAGCAUGCUUAAAAAGUUAAUGCUGUUGACUGUCCUUAAGGCUCUCGUUGAUCAAGUUGUUUGAUGAGAUUCAGACUUUCCUCUGGCAGUUGGUGGCGAAAAUUUACCUGUUCCCAUCUAGUGCACAAUCUGCCACAGUUGAUACGCUUGAGAAUUUUACUACUGGAACUGUGAUUCGUUUUGUAUGAUUGACUCUGCUGGUGUUGCUUAUUGUACAACUUAGUCGAAAAAUUUAUGCCUUUCGAAGUACAGUUUUGCCGGUUACUGUCCUCCUCUUAUUUUAUUAUUGCUGGAAGAACUGAAACUAAGUGGCCAGUAUUGCAUUGGACUCUUAGUCUUAGGUAUGCAAGAAUACAGGCAGUGGCAUUCCCCUGUUGCUAAAAGCAGUAGCCUGAAUAAGAUCAAGCACAGUUUAAUUUUUC